UUAAUUACAUCGUAUAUAUUUACUAUAUAUAUACAGACACACACAGCGUGUGUGCAGGUAUUCUUUAUUUACGUUUGGUAUCUGCGCCAGAAGACGCAUCCAAACGCACCCAGUUCAGUGAUUUUUUUUAUUAUAUUAUAAUUCAAUUUGUGUCCAUCGUUUCUGUUUGAUAUGUUCGUGAAGCUGUUGACAUUCACCUGCUGUUUGGCAGCGAGUUAUGCGGCCAUCGCGCCCGGUUUGAACGCGUAUCUGCCGCCGAAACCGGCGCCCGGAUACGACUACAACAAACCGAAAACUCCGUUUCCGCCGCCGCAGAAGCCCGCACCGCCGCCACCACCACCCUUCAUACCAUCGAAACCCAAUCCGCCGCCAAAAACUUAUCUGCCGAGCGUGCCGAAUCCCGUUCCUCAGAACCCCAGCUACAGUCCGGCGAUUCCACCAGCGAGACCGUCUAUUCCCUCCACGCUGAGACCGCCGAUCUCAAGACCGACACCAUCGAGACCGUUCAUUCCGAUCCCACAGAAGCCGAGACCGCAAGGACCGACGUACGUGCCUCCAUCUGGACCAGCGCAUCAACAUCCACCAGGCGAU